CAAAUCCAAUAUCUGCCACCACUGCCGCAUUCUCAAAUUAUACAACAGCAAUGAUAGCUUACGGCUUCGAAUUCUCAAGUGGAAGCAUUGAUCAUGAGGUUCUAAGUUUAAACGACAUUAGUAUGAACCUUUCAGAGAUUUUGAAUGAAUAA